AUGUCGCGCCUUUUCUUUCGAUUUCCUACCGUAGUUCGCACCGCUCUUGUUUACAUUGCCCUGCUCUCCUGGUUUGCCUCUGCUCGUCCCAUCUCGAACGCGGCCGCUUUUAGUCCCAUCUUGGAGUCGGGAAAGUUCUCCCAGUGGCACUUCUUCGACAGCAAAUACAACCACGAAGUUACCUUGCUCGUAGGGUCCUACAACGGAAACAUGGGUUACGUCUCGAGGGAUUUCAAGAGUCACUGCCACGAGGAUGGAGUCUGGUGUGUCACUCAUGGCGAUCCACAGAGUCUGGAGAUGGGUAUCUGGUACAAAGGGUACAACUAUCAGCAUAAUACGGUUACAGCUGACUGUAACUCCAAGAUGCCUAUGUUUUGUCGCCAGUACGAUAAUUAUAUCGAUCCCUCGGUGGCGUAG